CAAAGCUGGCGUCGUCUGGGAUGGAGCUGCUCUAUCUGCCGGUCGUGGGGGAAAAUAUGCAGAGGAGACACGAAGGCAAGAUCAACUUUUUCCACCCGCGUCUUUGGAAAAAGAAGAUGAAGUUGGCAAUACGGGGAUGACCCUCGUCACUCCUGAUGAUCCGGUGCAACACGCAGGGAACGACGAAGAUACUACAACCCGACGGAAGAGAAAAACAAACUACAAGACGAAAAACAAUCAACCUGAAAAUGGACAGCAAGAGCAAGAAGAAUCUAGAAGCACGGGAAGCAUGUUCCCGAUGGCGGACAUGGACCAGAGUAAUGAUGAUGAGUCGACAACUAGCUCUAGCAGAAGUAAUCAAAAGUGGACCACCUCUAGUAUGGGAACUACCUUAACCUCUGCUGCACUAGUGCCUCCCCAUGGGCAACACCAUUUUCAUUUGCAGAGCAGUUCUCGCAUCUGCCUGGUCAGUCUUCAAAGUUCUUACAGCUGCUGCACUAGUGCCUCCCCAUGGGCAACACCAUUUUCAUUUGCAGAGCAGUUCUCGCGUCUGCCUGGUCAGUCUUCAAAGUUCUUACAGCUGCGAACGACAAGACAGCAUCGGGAAUCGCAUAGAGAAGCGCGGCCAAGGAAGCGCCAGGAACCUGAGGCGAGCGAAGAUUCAUCGUCCACGAGCCAUGAUCCCCGAGUCGGACGCGGAAUCCGCCGCAGAUGAGAAGUCGUCGAAGUCCCAGAGGAGCAGCAAGAACGACAGGACAGACGGUAAGCAUUCAGCUGACGACAAAGCGGCGCCGAGAAGUGCUCGCGCGACGUCGAACACAUCCCCGACGACUGCUACACCAACCGUGUCCUGCCAACCGUUUCAACCAGAUGAAGAAGACAUCAUUGACAAUUUCCUGGGCAACACGCAUACACAAUUGCAAGCUGUACCAGAAGCGGCCAAGGAAAAACCUGUCAAGAAAGAAGCGGACGAUGCAAAAGCGGCGGAAACAACAGAGCUCAAAUUGCGGACCGAAAAAUUUUCCAAGGAGCAAGCAGCCAACACGGAAGCGCUCAAACUGGCCAACGAAGGAAAGAAAAAAGCGGCUGAGGCAGGAGCGGCCAAGAAUGACGCUUUCAGAUCGCGGAACGAAGAGUUUGCCAAGGCAGAUGCGGCCAAAAAGGAAGCGUUCAGAUUGAAAAUGAGGCAAAAGCUAAGCCCCUUGCUUGCUACCUCUCAUCAUUAUCGUCAUCAGAUUGCGGAACGAAAAAGCCGCGAAGGAAAAAAAAACCUGUGUAACCAAGAAAGAAGAGGCUCGCGUCCAUCUACUUCCCGAAACUUGUUUGGUAAGAACUAAUGAUGAUCAUGAUCUAUUUAUACACGUUUUUCUGAAAUUACAGAGAACAACAUGGCCGAAAGUGUCUCAAUAUUUCUUGCCAUUAACAUGCCUUGUAACUAUUUUUGCGCUCGGUCGGUGAUCAAUAAAUGCUUUGUUCAUGCUGUCGAUUACUACUAUGUACAUAAGAUAUGGUCGAUUUUUUUACAAGGGACUGCACGAUCAUGAUUGAUUUUUUUACAAAUGUAGCAAGCUGUAUAUACAUCAGUUGGGAACGAGAAUCAACAUCUUACAUGGAAUGCACCACAAAACUUCGUGCUGUGGCAGAUGCCUACUAAAUACAUGGGAAUAUAAUCGAGCGAUGGGGACAGACUACAAAUGGUGUGCUGAUAUUCUCUUUUGAAGGUGUAGGUUUUAACAAUCAUUCAUCAUCAGAUUCUGAAAAACUAAUUUCCAGUCGAAUGAAAGACAUGACGAAC